CGUUUAUGUUGUUAUUCAUAGUAAUAAUACUUAACAAAUUGGCGACGAAGAAAAUAUUAAUUUAAUCGUAAUCACUAGUCCAUUAAAAGUUUCAAGUGUUUAGUGUUGUAUUCAUACUAAUACAAAAUGGCGACUCCUAAGACAGAAUCCAUAGUGAACUUCAAUCAAGUUAUUGGGUCACCUGAAACCUUUGAAACAGGUAUGGAUAUUACAAUUUUUGAAUCAAAAUUGACAAAUUUUUUUUUGGAAAAUACAAUCGAAAAUAAUAUACAAAGUGCAAUAUUAUUAUCAUCCGUUAGUGAGGAAACUCACAAAGUACUUUUUAGUGUAUGUCUUCCUAGCACGCCUAACGAUAUUGAGUAUGACACUCUAAUGAAAAGUUUGAACAAACAUUUCAAACCAAUAAAAUCGUACUUCGCGGCUAGGUAUACAUUUUAUCAAGCUAAACAAAGACAGGAUGAAUCAGUGUGCCAAUGGGGUGCACGUGUCAAAAAUCUUGCUUCAGAAUGUGGUUUUUCCUCAGAACUAACAACGGUUAUUCGAGACAUAUUCGUUGUCGGUAUGGGUUCAGGACCAAUUCAAGAUCGUCAGUUAGGAGAAGAUGUCUCAAAAUUUGGAGUUACAUAUUCAAAUCUAAUUGAAAUUGCGACAGCCAAAGAAGCUGCAAUAAAUGACAAAAGUGGCUGGAAAAAAGAAGAAUACGCAGACUUGAAGUACCAGAAGAAAAAUUAUGGACAUAAUCAAACCAAGCAGGGUUUCAACACACAUAAAGAAUCAAAAAUCAAAUGUGGGAUUUGUGGCCGUUCCAAUCACUUUCAAAAAGACUGCAGAUACAAGGACUACAAAUGCAACAAUUGCGGUGAAAAGGGUCAUUUGUCUGCUGUAUGUGAAAAGGGUAAGAAGGAAAUGAAAAAUAAUAAAACACAAAAUACAUUUUUAUAUGAUAACGAUGAUGAUGACAAAAUAGUUAAUUAUGAUCUUUCAAAUACUUUAUUUUCUAUAAUUGAUCGAAAUUCUCAAAACAAAUCUGUGAAACCGUUUACAGUAAAUUUAAUUGUAGAAAAUUAUAAUGUAAGCUUCGAAAUUGAUACCGGUUUACAACACAGCGUAAUUUCAAAAAUAUUAUAUAAUCAACUGUUUAGUCAUAUCGAAUCAAAAGAUAAUGACAUUUCGCUAUCUGAUUACGUCGGCAACGACAUUAAACUGAUGGGAAAAAUAUUUGUCGACUCGGUACAUCAAAACAAAAAAUGUACAAUGUGUCUUUAUGUAAUCGACAAUGGUGGUCCUCCAUUAAUAGGUCGAAACGAUAUAAAAAACAUAAAAUGUUUUAAAAUUGUUCAAUAUGGAAAAUGACGUAAGUGUCGAUAAUAUUAUAAAAAAAUAUA